CCGCAUUAAUCCAUAACUACAGAGACAGCAAGCAGCACCCCAUCAAGCAUACUUCUAACAUGACCAGGUCAUUCCACAAGGUUGUCUACAAGGUGGACCCCAACUCGACGGAUCUGUUCCAAGUCAUUGUGAACCAUGACGAGUACAAGAAGUGGAAGGCGGGCGACACGACGAUCCCCUUGGCCGACGUCGUUGACAGCUUCCAGGUCUUCCACACUGGCCAGGGUGCUCAGGGCAUCAUGGGGAACCCUUCCAAGCAGCAGCUCGACACCGCUUUUGGAACGCACACCGACACGGAUGUCGUAGAGAUCAUCCUCAAGGAGGGCGACUUGCAGGCUGCCACCGCAAAGGACGGCUACUCGACGACAAACGACAGCAAGAACAACAGCAAUGUCACCUCGGCUGGCUCCAGGGCGGGUGGUCGCUGAGGAGAAAGGAAUCGUCGCAGCUGCUACUUUCAGAUGACGAAUUUGGAAAUGGGAUUGUCAAUGGGGAUGGAGCCACGCACUGACGGGAGCCCCCACCAAGCAUGUAUCACAC